AUGGAUUCUUACAAAGAAACAACCACCAUUAUAACUGCGACUACUUCUACUACUGCUGCUUCUGCUACUGCUACUACAACUACUACUACUACUACUAAUAAUAAUAACAAUAAUAAUGAUAAUAUUGAUGAUGAUAAUAAUGAUAAUAAUGAUACGCCGUGCAAAUCUGUGCUAAGUCUAUUGAAAUCCAGCUGCCUGGGUCGAGAUUCGUUCAUGAAAAAUUCUAAAUCAUUACUAUCAUUUAUAAGAACAUCCUCAUCGUCUCCAUCACCUCCAUCAUCGUCAGCGUUGACUAUAUUAGCAGCUGCUACAGUAGCCACAACUUCAUCAUCAUCGUCGUCGUCGUCAGCCACAACAACAUCAGCAUCAGCAGCGUCGUCAUUAUCUUCGCUACGGUUAUCCUCGCCAACAACAACAGCAACAAAAAUAUCAUCAUUAAAAGCAACAAUAUCGUCGUCGUCUUUGCCAUUAAUUAAGUUAGAGUCUAAUGAUGAUGUUGUUGUUGAUGAUGAUGUUGUUGUUGAUGAUGAUGUUGUUGUUGUUGAAUGUGGUGUUAGUAAUGAUCCUGACAACAUAGAUACUGCUAAAAUUACAAAUAGUGCCAACCACGUCAGCCAAAAAAUUGCAAAAAGCAACAGUUACAAUCACGAUAAUGAUAGCAUUUACAAUGAUGACGAUACUGAUAAUGAUGAUGGCUCUGUUGGUGAUGAUGAUGAUGAAGACGGUGAUGAUAAUGAUGGUGGUGGUGGCGUUGAAAAGGCCGGUGACGACGACGACGACGAUGUUGGCCCUCUUAUUGUGUUGGUGUGCAGUUCAACGAACGCUGCUAAAUCUGACAGUGUAAUCCCACAUAAUCUCAACAACAGCAACAACAUCAACAACAACAACGUCAACAACAACAUCAACGUCAACAACAACAUCAACAACAACAGUAUCUGCAACAUCUAUAAAAAUGACAUCAACUCCAGCAAAAGCAGAAACGCCAAGAUGAAAAGUCGAAAAUGCAAGGAGAAAAAUAAUACCGACACUAAGCUUGCUGCUAGUAAAAAAUUGCCUCACAUUAACAACAACAUUGGCGUAUCUAUAAACAUCGACGACAACAACAACAGCAACAACAUCAACAACAACAACAACAACAAAACUAACAGCUCAGUAACAACAACAACAGCAUUAACAACAUACAUUCCGACAAACGCUCCCACAGAAACAACGACAAAUAACACACCAACAACAUCACUUACAUCAACUGCCACAACGUCAAUCACGUUUACAACAUCAACAACUUCAGCAACAACAAAAUCUUUGUACGGCCCAAUGGCAGCCCUGAAGGCCACCUCAACACCCCCUAACUCGCCCACGACAGUACAAGUUGAUAACAGAGAACGACGUGCAGCUAUGCCGUCUGAACCACACGAAGACGGUCGUCAGUAA